GGAUGUACGCGCAAAGCUCAGACGCUUUUUUUUUUGCACGCCGCCUGCAAAAGUCACUCACUCUGUCACUGACUUGAGUCGUCCUACCACGUCCUUCUUCUCCUUCAUUUAUUUUUUAUUUUUUUUAUUAUUAAUAAUUUUAUUUUCAGUUUUGAUUUUGUUUUUUUGUAUUUUUUUGCCUCCUCUUCUUGGAUACUAAUUUUGACGCGCUGGAUAUGUGCACACAAGAUGAUGACAACCCCUUUCCUGCCCGUAGAAGUAAAAUAAAAUAGGCUUUCGCACACUCGAGCUUGUCCCCUGUCGUUCCAUAUGAAGAAGCCAAAAAUUCGGAUACGCGUCUUUGUCCAUUUACUGCUGCUGAUCACGCUCGGGGUGCAUUCAAGUAAAUUUGACGUCAACCCAGUGACAGAUGACGUGUCGAGACUCUCAAUUUUGAAACAUAAUAUUCCCAAAGACUACAAAAUUCCUGUACAUUACGUUCCAAAAGAAGAGGGUGGGAUGUGCUGGGUCAAGCUCAACGUCUUCUACCUGGAGGAGAGUUUACAAAACUUAGCGCACAAGUUUGGCAACAUUUCGUCCAACAGAAAAGACAUUAGCAUAUUUAUACAAAUGCUCCAAGAGCUACGGCUCAACAUGGGCUCCGUGGAAGCUGUCAUGUACGACUUUGAGUGCCACUUCCACGAGGAGCGGUGGCCCACGGAGCAAUACUUUGAGUUUGUGUCCAACUUCCUGGCGAGCGCACAGCACAGAGACGACUCUGACGACUGCGAGCCGCCUCCCUGCCCCACCACGCCCCACAUGCAAACAGAACAAUAUUUAAAAGAAUUGCUGUCCUCCAGCAAUAAAACCUCAGAGUGUGACGUGCCCACCGACUGCCAAACACACCAAGGAGCGCGUCUGCUUCCGGAGGUUGUGGAGCGAAGUCUCCUGUCUUUACUCUUUAUUCCGUUCCUGGCUCUCAUCCUGCUGCUCAUCUGGAAGCUCAGAUCGCGACGGAACAGCCAAGAUUUUCCGCAGACUCCCGGAGAAGGCGUUCUCUUCGCAGGAACAGAAGGGAGCGCACCCCCGCUAGAGCCCCAAAUUACAAAAAAAAACAGGUUGAACAUGAUUGAAACUGUGUAAUGAACCCUACAACUGCUUGAGUUGGUGAUGAAAAUGACGUUCCCAUAGAGGAAAAAAACAAAAACAAAAAAGAAACAAAGACUGCUCCCUCUGCUUCGAUCGCCACCAACCAUCACCAUUUUGUAUGGUCUUGCCACCCACCGCCGACCGUUCUACUGUACGGAUAAGCUUUUCAUUUUUGCUUUAAGACUGUGUUCAUUCAUCGAGGAGUAAGAAAACAACAAGAAAAAAAAGACAGAUUUUUUUAUUAGAAAUCCCUGCCCCCACCCAAUAUUUCUUCUCCCGUACUUUCUGACAUUGUCAUAAACUUUAAGCAGAAAGAAGAGAAAACCGGAUUAUGACCACGCCAACGACACCCCCCACACUACCUCCACUCAUUGGAUAUCCUCCCCUCUUCCCUCAAGAUCAUUCCUCAAGAUCAUCAUCUCGAUUUUAGUCUCCUUGUGGGGCGUGCAUGCUCUAUUUAUUUAUUGCCACACUCCAGGAGCACCUUUGCGCCGCACACUCAUUCCGCUGUGUAGUUCGCAGACCGUUAGGUUAAGGCACGGGGCGGGAAAAGAUGACAUUACAUAGGGAAAAGGAACACAUUCACAUACAGUGGAACCUUCAAAACACUUUUGCCUUUAGGAACAAAUGCAAAUAUCAUAUAAUAAAAUAAACACUUUUAACAUUUGUAACUGUCAUAAAAGCUGUUAAGCCCCUGUAAAGUUAAAAUAAAUAUCUCAUGUAAAUUUGACACCGCAGAGAAGACUGUUGUUAACAACCCUGCCAAAUUUGAAUGAUCACAAAAAUCACUGAGUAAAUCAGGCUUCACUAUCCUGAAAAAUCAACUCGUUCACUCAAUUCUCAAACGGCAGACAACUAUCUGAAAGGAUGAUGCAUUUUCGGGAUGGAGGCGAAGCUAGCUAGCAAACAGCACAUCGCAAUCGCGGCGGAUAAGGCGCUCAAGUUUUUAUAUAGCGUGGGAGGGGCGACUCAUGCAGGCUCUUAAGUGCGUCACUUUGACGCCAUUUUAACUACACCCAAAUAAAACAGGGAUACUGAAAUGGUGAAAGACAUUUUAACAUUAUAUUUCCAAAUUAAGAACUACAUAGUUCUCAGUCUUCGUUUUCAGCAAUUAUCUUCAAACAUGUACAGUACAAUGUAUUUUGAAAUUCACUUGACAGGCUCUUUAAGUCAUACAACUAUAAAAACCUAAGCUCUGUUUAUAUAUAUCAUUAACUGUCAUUGAAGUACAACCCCAAUUCCAAUGAAGUUGAGACAUUGUGUUAAACAUAAAUAAAAACGGAACACAAUGAUUUGCAAAUCAUGUUCAACCUAUAUUUAAUUGAAUACACUACAAAGACAAGAUAUUUAAUUUUCAAACUGAUAAACUUUGUUUUAAGCAAAUAAUCAUUAACUUAAGAAUUUUAUGGCUGCAACACGUUCCAAAAAAGCUGGGACAGGUGGCAAAGAAAUAUGAGAAAGUUGAGGAAUGCUCAUUAAACACCUGUUUGAAACAUCCCACAGGUGAACAGGCUAAUUGGGAACAGGUGGGUGCCAUGAUUGGGUAUAAAAUGAGCUUCCGUGAAUUGCGCAGUCAUUUCAAGUGCAACUUGAAACUCUACUAUGCAAAGCAAAAGCCAUUUAUCAACAACACCCAGAAACGCUGCCGGCUUCUCUGGGCCCGAGCUCAUCUAAGAUGGACUGAUGCAAAGUGGAAAAGUGUUCUGUGGUCCUACGAGUCCACAUUUCAAAUUGUUUUUGGAAAUUGUAGACGUUGUGUCCUCCGGGCCAAAGAGGAAAAGAAGCAUCCAGACUGUUAUGGACGCAAAGUUCAAAAGCCAGCAUCUGUGAUGGUAUGGGGCUGUGUUAGUGCCAAUGGCAUGGGUAACUUCCACAUCUGUGAAGGCACCAUUAAUGCUGAAAAGUACAUACAGGUUUUGGAGAAACAUAUGCUGCCAUCCAAGCAACGUCUUUUUCAUGGACGCCCCUGCUUAUUUCAGCAAGACAAUGCCAAACCACAUUCUGCACGUGUUACAGCAGCGUGGCUUCGUGGUAAAAGAGUGCAGGUACUAGACACCUGUCUCCCAUUGAAAAUGUGUGGCGCAUUAUGAAACGUAAAAUACGACAACAGAGACCCCCCGGACUGUUGGACAGCUGAAGCUGUACAUCAAGCAAGAAUGGGAAAGUAUUCCACCUACAAAGCUUCAACAAUUAGUGUCCUUAGUUCCCAAACAUUUAUUGAAUGUUGUUAAAAGAAAGGUGAAAGGUUACACAGUGGUAAACAUGACCCUGUCCCAGCUUUUUUGGAACGUGUUGCAGCCAUAAAAUUCGAAGUUAAUGAUUAUUUGCUAAAAACAAUAAAGUUGAUCAGUUUGAACAUUAAAUAUCUUGUCUUUGUAGUGUAUUCAAUUAAAUAUCGGUUGAACGUGAUUUGCAAAUCAUGGUAUUCUGUUCUCCCAACUUCAUUGGAAUUGGGGUUGUAUAAAAAUAAGUUAACUAAAACAAGAUGAGGUGUGACAAUAAAGAAACAAAGACUACAGCAGCCAGUUGUAGCGCGAGCGUGGCUGCUACCACUCUUUCGUUUCAUUAUUGUCACUGUGCCAUCUGCUGUCUUGCUGCUUUUGAAUGAGGCGUCACUCCCUGGUUAUAUUUUUCUUCAUUAGUCCUUUGACGCUUGCCCGCUGGACUUAGAUUGUCGCUUUGGAGAUUCCACUGUAUUCAAACACAAGCUACACUGAUAUGCUAACUAAGGGAGACAACACGAUAACGCAUUAAAAGAGUCAUGAACGCUCAUUUGCGCCUUUAGCCUAGCAUAGCCUAAUGAUAUACAUGGUUAAAAAAAACAAAAACAAACAAAAAAACAUGCGCAUCCUCCUUUUUAAUUUUUUUUAUUUUGCCUUACGUCAAUGGUCAAGUCAAGUCAACGGUCUGAUUAAUGUCAAAGUCAAAAAGCUACGUCAAUUAGCAUAGCACCAGUGGAGGCUAACCCUAUAAAACGUCCACUCUGGGAGGCUGCUUUGCGGCUAACAUACAGCAGACGUCUUCAUCCGUCCAGCCAUCCAUUUGCUUCCACUUCUCUGCGCGUCCUUGAUGUGCCUAAAGCGAACUGCGCUAAGGCUACAAGCAUGAGUCACCAUCGGGAUACUCACACACAGUACAGAUGCUACAUUCACAACAUUUUGUAGGCAAUUACUGGCCUCAAAAUUGUAGUUAAAGUAACAUGAUGAAACAUUUAGAAUUUUGUCAAAAGUUUACUUUCUAUCUAAAAUAUUUAAUGAUUUUAAUUUAAAAAUGGGUAAUGAAAAUGAAAUUUAAAAAGCUUACAUGACAAAGCCUAUACAUUUUGAUUGAUGUUACAGAAAAUGUUACAGUAUAAAUAAAUUAUAUUUAAAAAUUAAAAAACAUUAACACAACAUGUAUACUAAAUAUUAUUUGUCAAAUUUGGACUCCAAAUAUUUUGACAAAAUGUAAUAAAAUAGUAAUUACUGCACUAAUUUAAUUUGAAUUAAAACAAAUAAGAAAUUGUAAAAUGUUUAAUAAAAUCUUAUUAACUUAAAAUUGUCCCUGAUGGUGUCAGGUAUUGUCAAAACAUACAUAUGACAUAUUUAUUGGAUAUUGUAUUUACUGGCCUCAUUUCAACUCUUAUUUGUGUAAAUAAAUUUGAAAUGAAAGUUUUAAUUUAAAUUUUUUUAAAAAGUUAACAUUUAAUUAAAUUAAAAAUAAAUUGUCCAUGAUCACGUACCGGCUUAUUGGCGGCACGGCGGGCGACUGGUUAGCACAUCAGCCUCACAGUUCUGAGGACCUGGUUUCAAUCCCUGGCCCCACCUGUGUGGAGUUUACAUGUUCUCCCCGUGCCUGCGUGGGUUAUCUCCAGGUACUCCGGUUUCCUCCCACAUCCCUAAAAUAUGCAUGGUAGGUGCAUUGAAGAUUCUAAAUUGCUCAUAGGUGUGAAUGUGAGUGCAAAUGGUUGUUUGUUUAUAUGUGCCCUGCGAUUGGCUGGCGACCAGUUCCGGGUGUACCCCGCCUCUCGCCCAGAGUCAGCUGGGAUAGGCUCCAGCACACCCACGACCCUCAUGAGGAUGAGCGGUUCGGAAAAUGGAUGGAUGGAUGGAUGGAAAACUAAAUGAAAAAUGUGAUUGAUAAUGAUUGAGUGAUAUUUUAUGUUCAAUUAAAAUUUCUAAAAAUAUUUUUAAAUCAUCAGUCAAAGUUGAUCAUCAAAACAUGAAAGCGUUAUUAUUCACCUAAUUUUGACUUUAAUUCAAACUAAAACUACAUUAAAAAUCAAAUUUACACGUUUCAUUCCAAAUGAAAUUAGAUUUAACAAUAUAAAAAUAACAAUUUAACUCAAAAUUGUCCAUGUUAGUCUCAGGUAUCGUCAAAACAUCAGGCUGCUUUUGAUUUAAGAGACAGCUACUCUGUAUCUAUCAUCACAAUCAAUUGUUUUCUUGCUCAUGACAACAGCAUCCACACUGUAAUCAAAUGGAUCAAGUUCUCUUUGAAUUUCUUUGAAUGGAAGUCCACUUGUAGUUUUGUGCCUUUUGUUUGAUUGGACGGAAUCUUAUCUUGUUCUGAACUCCUGUUUCCUGCUUCAAGUGAUUGUGAUGACCCUUCCUGUUACAUUAGUUUCUUUGCUACAGCACUUAUGUUGACGGGCUAAUGCGACCCCUGGCUGUUUAACCAUAAAAAGACCAAGAACUUAACAAAAUGUAAAUGCAUAUUUAACCACUGAUAAGAAUCAAAUGAUCAAGAACAUUAGAAUGGGUCAAAUUGACCCACAACAAUGUUGUUGUUGUUUUACAUUUUGUUUUACAUAUUUUUUAUUGAGUAUUGAGUGUAAACUCUUACAAUGGGUCAAUUUGACCUGUGACAUAUCUUUUUUUGAAGUGAACAAGAAGUUCCAUCCUUUUUUACAUUUAAAAACAUAUUUCCAUUAACCUUACAACGGGCCCAUAUGACCAGCAACAUACAGUAUGCAUGGUAAGCUGUCAUAAUUUUUUAACGACCAAGAACAAGGCCAGCAUAAGAAGUUUCAUCCUAUUUUUAAAAAAUAUUUUGUCUUGAGUUGUAUACAUCACUAAGGGUUAUUUUGACCCAAAAGAUAACAGGAGGAUUAAUGGACAACCAGUUCCACACAAUGGGCAUAAUUGUCAAUGAAUGGAUUUCUUGCUCGCCUUUGCCAUCCACUUGUUUGCUUUCCCAUAUACAGUACAUUUUGCACGUUUGUCGUUAGCUUAGCAUCGUAGCGUAUUUGUUGCUUCAAAAAAGGAGCUCAUUUAUCCUGGAGUGUUCUGACCAGAGAUGCUACUGCUACAAUUCUGCCCUUUCUUCUCCCGCCUUGUUGCGACAGAGCUCGUCUUUCACCUACACGUUGACUUUUGACAAAAGCUGUGAAUGAAUGAAAAUGUAGUGGUGCAUUUGUUUCGAGAACUUUCGCCCAUCUACAGAAUUCCAUUGUUCCUACUGGUCCUGAAUGCCUUUUUUUUUUUUUUUUAAACCUCAUGGUGGGACAAUCAAAAGAGCUGCAGAAUAAGUCUGGUUGGCUCACAAAAAAGGCAGAUAUUGAUAUUCAUCUAUCUAUUCAUUCCAUGACCGCUUACCCUCACAAGGGUUGCGGGCGCUCUAUCCUAUCCCUGACUGGGCGAGAGGCAGGGUACAGACAAACAACCAUUUGCACUCACAUUCACACCUAUGGACAAUUUAGUCUUCAAUUAACCAACCAUUCAUGUUUUUGGAAUGUGGGAGGAAACCGGAGUACUCGGAGAAAACCCACGCAGACACGGGGAAAACAUGCAAGCUCCAAACAGGAUUGCAAGAGCCCAGAUUUGAACCCACAACCUCCGAAUUGUGAGAUGGAUGUGCUCAUGAGUCGUCCACCUCGCCGCCAGAUAUUGAUAUUAUUAUUAUUACUAUUAUGUUUAUGAUGAUGAUGAAUGCCCAGCUGCUACUCUGGGUGAGAACUCUACUGUAUUCUUUAUUUUUGUAUAAAUGUAAACAAGCAUACAAACAAUAUGAAUAAAGUACAUGUAUCCUGA